UUCCUUCAAGCAGGUAGAAAAUGAGCCUGAAGUCUGAACGCAGAGGCAUCCAUGUGGAUCAGUCGGAGCUGUUGUGCAAGAAGGGCUGUGGUUACUAUGGCAAUCCUGCCUGGCAGGGGUUUUGCUCCAAGUGCUGGAGAGAGGAAUAUCACAAGGCCAGGCAGAAGCAGAUCCAAGAGGACUGGGAGCUGGCAGAGCGGCUUCAGCGUGAGGAGGAAGAAGCAUAUGCCAGCAGCCAGAGUACCCAAGGGGCACAGUCACUGACCUUUUCCAAAUUUGAAGAAAAGAAAACCAAUGAGAAGACUCGAAAGGUGACUACUGUGAAGAAGUUUUUCACUGCUUCUUCCAGAGCAGGAGCUAAAAAGGCAGAGAUCCAGGAAACCAAGGCUCCCAGCCCUUCUAUAAACAGGCAGGCCAGCAUCGAGACAGAUCGAGUAUCCAAGGAAUUCAUAGAAUUUCUCAAGACAUAUCAUAAACCCGGACAGGAUAUCUAUAAACAAUGUAAAUUAUUUUUGGACACAAUGAAUCAUAAAAGGGAUUUAAGUAUUGAGGAACAAUCUGAAUGUGCCCAAGACUUUUACCAAAAUGUAGCAGAGAAAUUACAGACACGUUGGAAAGUGCCCCCAGAAAAAGUUGAGAAAGCCAUGGAUCAGAUCGAAAGGUACAUUAUGACUCGACAGUAUAAAUAUGUCUUUUGUCCUGAAACAACCGAUGAUGAGAAGAAGGAUCUGGCUGUCCAAAAGAGAAUCAGGGCUUUGCACUGGGUCACUCCACAAAUGUUGUGUGUUCCUGUUAAUGAAGAAAUUCCAGAAGUCUCUGAUAUGGUUGUAAAAGCAAUUACAGAUAUUAUUGAAAUGGAUUCGAAGCGUGUCCCUCGUGAGAAAUUAGCAUGCAUCACCAAGUGCAGCAAGCACAUAUUUAAUGCUAUUAAAAUCACAAAAAAUGAACCUGCUUCUGCUGAUGAUUUCCUUCCAACACUUAUAUACAUUGUUUUGAAGGGAAACCCACCCCGCCUGCAGUCCAACAUCCAGUAUAUAACACGCUUCUGUAAUCCAAGCAGGUUAAUGACAGGAGAAGAUGGCUACUAUUUUACUAAUCUGUGCUGUGCUGUGGCCUUCAUUGAAAAGCUGGAUGCUCAGUCUUUAAAUCUGAGCCAAGAGGAUUUUGAUCGUUAUAUGUCGGGUCAGACGUCCCCGAAGAAGCAAGAAUCUGACAGCUGGUCGCCUGAUACGUGCCUGGGUGUUAAGCAAAUGUAUAAAAACUUAGAUCUGCUAUCUCAGUUGAAUGAGAGACAAGAAAGAAUUGUCAGUGAAGCCAAAAAGCUUGAGAAAGACCUGAUAGAUUGGACUGAUGGAAUUACAAAGGAAGUCCAAGAUAUUGUUGAGAAAUAUCCAUUAGAAAUAAAACCAAAAAGUCAAGCCUUAGCAGCUAUUGACUCUGAAAAUGUGGAGAAUGACAAGCUGCCUCCACCACUGCAGCCUCAAGUUUAUGCAGGAUAAUUAUCAGUGUUAACCUGGAAAGGCAUCUUUACCCUCACCUAGUACUCUCUGCUACUUGGAAAGGGAAGUAAAUUCAAGGGUAAAAAUCAAAUGAGUUUAAAUCAGUACAUUUUUAAAGGUACUUUUUUUUGGUUAAGUGUAAUAAAUUGUAUUUAUUUUAGUCAAAGUAGAUUUAUAUUAGGCUUUUGUGGGUUUUUGAACUGAACUUAAAUUUUCUACACAAACCAGUGUAAUUUUUAAGCAACACUAGUCCAUUGACAUCUUUUUCCUGAAAGCUUCCUUCUAAGCAUGCACUUACAUUUUUAAUAAUUAGUUUAACGUAAGAAAAUUUCGAGUUCUGGCAGAAACUCGAAAGGUACCAGUGGUAGUCGGAAUUUAUUCUGUAGCUGUAAAAAUGAAAUAUAUAUUGUAAAAUAUGUAAAAUUGUAAAUAGAUUUAAAAUCUAAUGUCUCAACUGUGCAUGACAUCUUGUGUGUUAGUGAAAAUAUUAUGGGAAAGUGUUCAUUAUAGCACCUUUCAGUUGAAUCCUUUUGCAGUAUAAAGGCAAGCACACUGUUACUGUUUCAAUAAGCUAUGUGGUAUAAAUGAUGAAUUGCAGUCAGAGAGGAUAUUCGUGUAAUGGUUUGAAAACUU